AUGUCUGGCAAAAAGCUCUACGAAGCUCGUUCCCCCUGGAAGCGGGAAAAGAGAACCAUCAUCGGCCUAGCAAAGUUUAUCGCCUCUGCAUCGCACCUUCCUUACUCCAAAGAACAUUACGAGGAUUUCGGGGAAGCCCGCAUUGAGGCCUUCGGCAUCAACAUUUUCGCUCUCUACGAGAACCAUGUCGGCGGUAUGGAGAACGGGCAUUGGUCUCCCUACAACAGGCCAGCAGGGGAGCAGUAUCCAGGACUGUCUGUGAGCGAUAUUUUGACAAAGGCGUUCUAG